UGUUGGAGGUGAUGGAUGCCUUUGAAGAGCAGCAGAUCUUCUGACAAAGCUUGCCCUUUAAUACUCUUGCUGGCACCCAGCACACGGAAAAGGGGGAGGGGGUGGAAGUCGCUGUUCUGAGAAAAAAAAAAAAACAGGCACAAUAGAGCUUCAGCUGCCAUCAAAGGUCGCCUUACCACCUGAAGCCAACUUCUGAAGAGGGCCUGCAGCUGCUGCCCAGGAGGUACAGAGAGUAGGUACCAGCACCCAGCUGGACGUGCCAGCUCCACCAAGGCCAGCAGUCUGCAACUGGGGUGCAAAAAGAGCUCCCCUGAGUGAGAACCAUGGCCCGGCCACCUCCCUGCUGGCUGUGGAUUCUGGGGACCCUGGCGGGGCUCUCAGCCACCCCAGCCCCCAAGCGCUGUCCAGAGAAACACUACCAGGUCCAGGGAGAACGGUGCUGCCAGAUGUGUAAGCCAGGAACUUUCCUCGUGAAAGACUGUGAAAGGCAUGGAGAGGCUGCUCAGUGUGAUCCCUGCAUACCGGGGGCCUCCUUCUCACCAGACCACCACGCCCGGCGCCACUGUGAGAGCUGUCGGCAUUGUAACUCUGGUCUUCUUAUUCGAAACUGCACUCUCACGGCAAAUGCGGAGUGUGACUGCCCCAAGGGCUGGAAGUGCAGGGACAAGCAGUGUACGGAAUGUGAUCCUCCUUCAAACCCCUUACUGAUACCUCAUCCGUCUCCAGCCCGGGGCCCACACUUGCAACCCACCCACUUACCUUACGCCAAAAUUAAGUUCCAGGCAACGCUUUGUCCAGUGACAGGUAUAGUAAGGCUCUCGCCACAAUCACCACCCUCCCCAAAGAUGCAGGAGACCAGCACAGUCCGGCAGGUGCAGACCCUGGCUGACUUCAGGUGGCUGCCUGCCCCAGCUCUCUCCACCCACUGGCCACCCCAAAGGUCUCUGUGCAGCUCAGAUUGCAUCCGCAUCUUUGUGAUCCUCUCUGGAAUGUUUCUUGCUUUCACCAUGAUCGGAGCUCUGUUCUUCCACCAACAAAGAAAAUACAGGCUAAACAAAGAAGAAUACCCAGUGGUGCCUGUGGAGCCUUGUCCUUACAGCUGCCCCAGGGAGGAAGAGGGUGGCGCCAUCCCCAUUCAGGAAGAUUACCGAAAACCAGAACCCGCUUCCUACUGCUGAGCUUGUGCACCACGGAGAGGGGUGGGCAGGUCAUCAGUACAAUAAAACCUCAGCCUCUAUCCCACCCCAGUGGCCAUCCAGGGGGAACAAGACUGCCCCACCACCCCCGUCCCCAGUUUCAGUACCAUCCUGUUAUCAGAACCCUUUCCUAUGUGCAGACUUGAGAAAGUGCCUUUUGGAGAUUGUCAGUGAAAAGGACACAUGGGGAUGAGGUGGAAGGUGGGACACAGGGACUCAAGUGUGUCUUGGCCCACCCACUUUCACUCCUGCCCUGCACCAGAGGGCUAUGGCCUUAGCUGGAGAACACAGUUUCCCCUACGAAACACCAUGUGCUGUAUCACUGACCUAGAAACUCCGCAAAAUAAAGUGACAGCCAGCCACACACA